UAUUAGAGAUCUAUGAACUAUCUUUUUUCAGACUUUUUCUUGCACUAAAUCUUGUACCUUUAUCCUUUACCUGUACCCUGUGCACGGCUUAAUGGACUGGAUAGCACACAACAAAAAGGUUUUCACUGUACACUUGAUAAUAAUUAAACAAAACUAAACUAGUCUGAAUAGAAGUGAUUUAUUGAAAGGCUUCAUCAUAAUCAAACUUAAUUCCGUUUAAUGAAAUAAUUCCAUUAUGGGCCACUGAUAACGAUCAUUAGGAUUUAACUGACCAUUUUCUAGUAUUGGUUGAUAAAUCCCCAAGGGUUGGAUGAGACCCAUCUCAGGAUGAUAAUAGAAGCAAGGGACAAGAUAGCUGGGUCCCUGACAGACUUUUGCAUCUUCUAUAGCAACAGGUGAGGUACCGGAAGUCUGGAGGAUUGCUAAUGUUGUUCCUUGAUUUGAGAAAGGCAGCAGGUAGCAGGUGGUAGGGGAAUUAAAGAUAGACACAAAAUGCUGGAGCAACUCAGCAGGACAGGCAGCUUCUCUGGAGAGAAGGAAUGGGUGACGUUUCGGGUUGAGACCCUUCAGAGGCGGUAGGGAAAUUAAUGCAGACAAUUCUAUGGGGUUAAGGUACUUUUGAAGAAACAUGUAGACUUUUGAAGACACACAGCCAACACAGUUUAUACAAACAGGGAAUGGACUUGGUAGUUGGGAGAUCCAGUGAACGGGAAGGAGAAAUUCUAGUAUUUGCGAUACUAUAGGACUUUAUUUAUCCCCAGAGGAAAAUUGAUCUGCCUACAGUCAUAAAAACACAAAAAAACAUACAAUUAAAGUGACGAGUGGAAAGGAUUGGGGAUGUGCAAAGAUUGGGAUGGGGACUCGGUCUCAGACUACCAUGACAGAAGGAGAGGAGUUGUACAGUUUGAUAGCCACAGGGAAGAAGUAUCUCCUGUGGCAUUCUGUCCUGCAUCUUGGUGGAACCAAUCUGUUGCUGAAGGUACUCCUCAGGUUGACCAGUGUGUCAUGGAGGGGGUGAGCUGUAUUGUCCAGGAUGCUUCACAGUUUGAGAAGCAUCCUCCCUUCCAAGACCACCUCCCAUGAAUCCAACUCCGCCCCCAGGACGGAUCCAGUUUUCCGUUUGUUUGUUAAUUCUAUUGGCGUCCGUGGACUUCGCCCUGCUGCCCCGGCACAUGGCAGCAAAGAAGAUGGCACUGGCUACCAACGAUUGGUAGAACAUUUGCAGCAUCUCACUGGAGACGUUGAAAGAGCAGAGUCUUCUCAGAAAGUACAGCCGGCUCUGUCCCAUAUUGUACAGGGCCUCAGCGUUCCUGGACCAGUCAAGUUUACUGUCCAGGUAAACUCCAAGAAAUUUCGCUUGGAGGGCUGUAAUGAUGGCAGCCGAGGCAAAGGGAAAGAGAAGGGGUUCAAGGCAGCCAAAAUGUGCUUUCUGUAAACUAAAUAAAGAGGAACAUUGUGGCCAGUUAUUAAUUGCCCAAAGCCAGAAGAUGGCAGCACAUCACAGAUGUAUGUUAUUUUCAUCUGCUCUAGUGACCUCACAUUCUGAGAAUGAAACUCUUGGAGGCUUCUUGCUUGAGGAUAUUAAGAAGGAAAUAAAAAGGGGAAAUAAACUGAGCUGCUCGUGCUGUCACCGUCCAGGGGCAACAAUUGGAUGUGAUGUAAAAACUUGUCGUAGAACUUACCACUACUAUUGUGCAAAACUUGAUCAAGCUCAAAUAAAGGAAGAUCCAUCUCGGGGAAUAUAUUUGAUUCUCUGCCAAAAACAUAAAGAAGGUGCAGAGGAUUCCAGUGACGAUGGUCUCCCAGGAAACCUGACAAUGUGUCCGACAAGUCAUCGUAGAGGUGUUCGGGGAGGACCCAGAGGAAAACGAAGACUUCCUAACUCAAAAGACGAGUCUGAUGAUGACAUGUCUACUUCCUCCCAAGGAAAAGAUGAAACGAGUUGCAGUUCCUAUCAGGAGCGAUCUCCUCACUGCAGCAGUCCCACUAUUACAGGACCAAAGUGUGGAUUCUGCCAUGCUGGAGAUGAAGAAAAUGAGACCAGAGGAAAACUCCACACCUCAAAUGCUAAAAAAGUUGCGGCACAUUACAAAUGUAUGCUAUUUUCCUCUGGUACUGUCCAACUCACAACUUCAUCGAGAAAAGAUUUUGGUGAUUUUGAUAUUAAAACAGUCAUCCAAGAAAUCAAAAGAGGCAAAAGAAUGAAAUGUACAUUAUGCAGUCAAAUAGGUGCAACUAUUGGCUGUGAAAUUAAAGCUUGCAUCAAGACUUACCAUUACCACUGUGCAGUUGAAGAUCGAGCUAAAUUCAUUGAGAAUCUUGACAGAGGCAUCUACAGGCUUUAUUGUAAAAACCACAGUGGAAAUGAUGAGCGGGAUGAGGAGGACGAAGAAAGAGAAAGUGUCUCACGUUGUGCAAGAGAGCAAGAAGCGGAUCAUCGAGAGGUCUUAGAAGAGGUAUAGAAAAAUGCAUUCAAAUUCCUUCUGAUUAAAUGGAUGCCUGAAUCUAGAGAAAAACUAAAGGAACCUUGGAUACAGAAAGUGCCAAGAAAAUGCCUGUGGACUGAGUGGAAGAGGCUGGUAUAUUAAGCUGAAACAGCGAAUAAGGUUGCGAAGACCAUAAAAAAUAAUCCAAAGAUCUUUCAAGAAAAUAUUAUCCUGGCAAUACUCCUCACUCUGUGUGGAAAUAAUAUAGUGAAAUAGCUUAGCGAAUAUACCUGCUUUCUUUCUGGGAUGUUCUGGAAGUGGAUUAUUAGAAUAUCUAUGACAUCCUUCUGCAUUAGAAUGAAAUACUUGUUUUAGUGAAUUUAACUCUAUGGGGCAUGUUGCCUUGCCUGUACGUUAUGAAGGCUCUAAGAGGAAACACGGCUUAACAUGUAUGUGAUUUUGACACACCUGGAGUUCAAGAGUUGGAAAUUAAAAUCUCCAGUUCAGUGAUUGGAAAAAGACAUUUUCACCAACACCUUGAUUUAGCACUGGUUUUCAAGUUGAACUAUAAGAAUUUAUGGUUUUGUUCUCAACAAUAGUCUGUUUAGUGAAGUGGUACAGAUGUUGGUAGUGGUAGGGGAUUAUGCUGGGCAAAGCCAGGUGUCAGGCUGAAAAUCAAACUAUUUCCUCACACAAUUGUAAAUUGAAUGUGAAUCCUAAGCCUGUAAAACUUUUUUUGUGAACCAGUUCUCGUGCACCAUCUGGAAAUUAUUGCUAGAAAUCUAGGAUACAAAGAGUAGAUAAGACAGUUCCCAAGUUUUUGAUGUCUCCUGCAAGAAAUUGUUCCAGUUAUUAUUGGGUGGAAUGUAAUGGAUUUUCAUAAACCGCUGACUGAGCUUGCAGUCUUAUUGUCUACUGUGGUCUAAUUUAUUCAAUAAAAUGUGGCCUGGUCUGAUAAACACACUUUUGCAAUAACCUCAACAAUUGGCAUUGAUUAAAUCAUGGUUUAGUGUAGGUGUUGAAGUGUGUGUUAAAUGUUUUACUGAAAAAUUGAAGAUGAUUUUGACUAUUGAACAGCUUUUGUAAGGUGUAUUAUUUCCAUGUUAAUUUUCUUUCUGUAUUGUGAUUUCCCUUAAAGUUAAGUUGUAUAAACUGUAAAAGUUAGCAUUUAAAAUUAAACAAUGCUAGAGGAUUAAUUUACUUCUGAUGAACAAGCAGUGCUGUUUGUCUUGAUUUCUUACCAAUACAUAUUGGUGUUAGAAGUGGGUGCCCGGAUAAUUUGCGGCAAAACUUUUGUGUCAGCAUUGGAUGCACUGUGUUUGUCUCUAUAGUCGGUGGUUAGGUGUUAGAUAGUAAUAAUUGUUUAAAUAUAUUUUGAUUGGCCUUGAUGCUUAAAGAAACCUGAUUACUGAUCUCUCAAUUUCACAUGUUCUAUCACAUGCCCAGGUGAAUAUUUUACUUAAUUUUACUAGCACCUGGAUCUUUAGGCUAUGUAAUCUUAGUCAAAAUAAAUGAUGCUUCCGGUAAAAUGCUUUAAUUAUCCUUGGCUUGCUUGUACUAAUAUUAGAUAAUAUCUACCCAUGGUUUAUUUAGUCUUGUUCUGAGUUUUUACUUUAUAAACCUAAAAUAUUCUGUAGUUAGCUCUUUCCCAAAACAGUUGGAGGCUAUCACUUUUUGACAAGCACACAAUGGCAGGAAUGAAUCUGGUAUAAACUUCAAUGCACCAAUACAGUAAAUUCAGACUUCUGGUGCAUACUUUACAAAGACAUCUAAUUAUAAAUGUGCUGUAUUUGUAACUUUCCUCUGCAGCAUGAAGGGGUUGGUGGUGUAAGCGGGUUUCCGUAUUCUGACUGCGCAUGCCCAGGUCAAAGGUCACUAUGCAUAAACAGCCCUGGAAUGUGGACCGUCAUAUCUUCUGUUUUUUCCAGCUUUGAUUCUUCUAGGUAGAAAUGAAGGUCCACUGCUCCACUGCUUUCCAGGGUUGUUUAUGUAUAGUGACCUUUGAACUGGGCAUGCACAGUCGGGAUACCGAGCUCGUUUAUUGGUGACAAGAUAAUGACAGAUCAGAAAACACAAAAACCUGGAUCAUGAGACAGUUUGACUACUUUAAAUCAGUUCUUAGCCAUCUCUUUACUUUCUGUAUUUCUGCCACACGUGGGCAUAUGGGCCAGCUUGAUCAGUGGUUCCGCGCAAGUAGGUGACUCCAGAAACGUACAAGGUUCAGGCAUGAUUCUAUUCUUUUUGGAACAGAUGAUGAAUAAAAUGCUUUCCUUGCAAGCAUUAUGGCCUGUUUGUUGCAUCUCAACCCGGGUUGUUUUGCUUAUCUUUUAUUAUACCCCUUAAGGAUCAGUGCAUAAUCUAUGUGUGAAACCAUGUGAAUUGGCCAUGGUCUUAAAUUAAUUUGUAUUUACUGUGGAGAAAUGAAUGAAUUAAUAAGUUUAUUGGCCAAGUAUUCACAUACAAGGAAUUUGCCUUGGUGCUCUGCCCGCAAGUGACAAUAUGACAUACAGUGACGGUUAGGAAUGACACAUAAAACAUUAAUAAUUAAACAUUAUCAAUUAAACAUGUGAAUACCAGAGCAAAAGGAGGCUACAGAUUUUAGGUUAUUGAGUAGAGCUACUACUCGUGGGGAAAAAAAAACUGUUUUUAUGUCUGGCUGUAGCAGCUUUGAAACUCACGAGUUCCAGAGGGAAGUGAUUCGAAGAGUUUGUGGCCAGGGUGAGAGGGGUCAGAGAUGAUCUUACCCCCUCACUUCCUGGCCCUUGGAGUGUACAGUUCGUCAAUGAGAUAGUGAGUUCAGGAGCUAGAGUAGUGAUAUCCUGGAGCAGAACAAUGUUAUGAUGGAGAACAUGGACGUUUUGAAAUGCGUAACGGUGGAUAAAUGCCUGAAGUGUAUCCAAGGAUGUUAUGUGAGUAAGGGGGAAGUUUGCUGAGGCCUUAGAGAGUUUUGUAUCUUUGUUAGUCACGGGCGAGGCACUAGAAAACGUGAGGGUGGCUAAUGUAUAUUUAAGAAGGGCAGCUAUGAAAAGCCAGAGAACUUCAGACCAGUAAGCCUUACUGAUGGGCAAGUUAAUGGAAGGGAUUCUGAGGCACACAAUUUAUUUGUGUUUGGAAAGGCAAGGGCAAGGGGUGAUCAGCAUGGUUUUUGUCAUCGGAAAUCGUUUCUCUCAAAUUCUGAUGUUUUUUGAAGCGAUGACCAAGAGGAAUGACAAGGGUGUGGCGACAGAUGUUGUCUAUUUUGAUAUUUGCAAACCCUUUGACAAGGUUUCAUGUGGUAGUCUGGUCUAUAAGAUUAUUACACAUUGGAUUUGUAAUGCUGGGGAUAUUGAGUGUACUCCUUAACACUUUUAAGAACUUUAUAACUUCUAUUGCAUUGCACGUAUUACAUAGCUAUGAUGCGUUGUUCAAAUAUAAAAAUAUAAAUUUUAUUAUGCCAGAUGUUUGCUAGUGAUUUUGUUGGCUUCCACUGUUAUAUUAGAAUUGUAGUGAUACAGCAUGGAAAUGGGCUAUUUCACCCACUGAGUUUGUGCUAUCAGACACUCAUUUUAUUCUUUCCACAUUCUCAUCAAUAUUUUCAUCUCCAUAAUAGGGGCAAUUACUUGUGCCCAAUUAACCAACCAAUCACAUGUCUUCAGGAUAUGGGAGGAACGAGCACAGCAUGCAAACCCCACACAGACAGCACUGGAGGUUGAGUGAACUUGGGUUGUUUGAACUGUAAAACAGCAGCUCUUCCAGUGUCCCUUCACUGGCAGGCAAUGAAUACUGUGCAGUCUGUGCUAUCUCAUCUAUUAAUAAGUUCAGUUUGAUUAGAAUAAUAAAGCUCCUCAAUCACACUCAAAUCAUGAAGCAUUAUAAUUCAAUCUGCCAGAGGAGGACAGCACAUAAUGGGAGUGGAGUUUUGGGAGUGUCGCAGUGGUACAGUUUCACAUUAAUUGUGCUGGGUGACCAACAUGAAUAAAAAAUCUUUACCCUUGCAGGAUAAAAGAUAAUUAGGUGAAAGAAAUUAAUGAUAACUACGAGUUGCUUUCUGAUCAGUACGCCUCAAACUGAAUCAUCAUUGUUAAACACGGUGGCUUCCAUUAGUCAGGUUAAUUCUGUCUUCACUUAGAGCUAUUAAAUUCCUACUACACGGGAAUUGCAAGCCUUUGUGCUCAUAAAACAUAGAAUAGAACAGCACAAUAACAGGCUCUUCUACGCAAUCCUUGGUUUCCCAUUAUAAAACAUUACUUGAUACCCUGAAAGUAAUGAAGAUGUGUUACGAAGUCUUAAAGAUUGUGUGGAAAUAUUGCCCUAUAUUUUUGUAAUGCUUUCAUGAAGCUUGCAUGCCAAAUUAUUGCAAGCUAUGGUGAAAGAAGAAACCAUGAUUUUUUUUUAAUGUUAUUGUUUUGAGUUAUCUGGGCAUCGUCAGAUUUAUUAUCCACCCCUUAAAGCCCUUGAUAAGGUGAUGAUGAGGCACUAUCCUCAACCGCUGCAAUCCUUCUGUUGCACAUCCUCCCACAGUUCCAGAAUUUAGACUGGGCGACAAUAAAGAACAUUUAGUAUAUGUCGAAGGUAGACACAAAAUGCUGGAGUAACUCAGCUGGACAGGCAGUAUCUCUGGAGAGAUGCUGCCUCACCCGCUGAGUUACUCCAGCAUUUUGUGUCUACCUUGUUUUCAAACCAGCAUCUGCAGCUCUUUCUUACACAUUUAGUAUAUGUCUAUAUGUCACUAAGGGAACUUGAAGUCUUGUUGGUCUUAAAUAUUGAAGUUGUGUGUUUGCGAUACAUUGUUAAGUAACUGCAAUACAAUUUAUAAAUGGAACACAAGGUGCUGAUGAAGGGAAUGGAUGUCAAGGAUGGUAAUCCAGUGGACACUUUUGUCUCAGCUGCCUGUAUUCUUUGACCUGUAUUCAUCUAGACAAGUUGGGAACGUGUCAUCACUCUCCAGAAUUUGUCUUGUAGCAGAUUGAGUAGCUUUGGAGGAGUGAGUGGGGAAAUUUGCAUAGAAUCUGACAUUUGUAUAGCUACAGUAUUGAGAUGGCUGGUCCUGCAGAGUUCUGAGUCAAUGGUGACUCCAGGUUGUUGAUAGGGGAAGAUUGAAUGCCAUUGAAUUUGUGGGUGGAUGGUUAGACACACAUUUAUUGGAGACUGCCAAUGCCUGACCCUGCAGUGGAGUGAAUGUUAUUUGCCAUAUCUGCCUAUGCCUGUGUUAUAUGCCUAUAGGCUGUUAUAUUUGCUAAAGAGUUUCAGAUGAGAUUGAACAUUCUCUAAUCAUCAAGAAACAUCCACAGAUGGUUAAACCUUAGAUACUGACCUAAGGAACUCCUGUGCAGCAAUGGCCUGGGGAUGGGAUGAGUAGUGAUCACCUUUGUGAUGUACGACUUUGGCUAUUAGAAUGUUUUCCUGUCAAUGUCCAUUAACCUUAGUUGUAUAGGGUUCCUUGAUGGCACUCGUCAAAUGUGCUCAGAUAUUGAAGGUAGACACAAAAUGCUGGAGUAACUCAGCUGGACAGGCUGCAUCUCUGGAGAGAAGGAAUGGGUGACGUUUCAGGUCGAGACCCUUCUUCGGACUGAUGUCAGGGGAGUGGGCGGGAGAAAGACAGAAUGUAGUUGGAGACAGUAAGAUGAGUGGGAGAACUGGGGAGGGGAUAGAGAAGGAAAGCAAGGACUAUUUGAAGUUAGAGGAGUCAAUGUUCAUACCGCUGUGGUGUAAACUACCCAAACGAAAUAGGAGGUGCUGUUCCUCCAAUUUGCGCUGGGCCUCACUCUGACAAUGGAGGCGGCCCAGGACAGAGAGGUCAGAUUGGGAAUGGGAGGGGCGUUGAAGUGCUGAGCAACCAGGAGAUCAGGUAAGUUUUGACGGACUGAGCGGAGGCGUUCAGCGAAACAAUCGCCGAGCCUGUGCUUGGUCUUGCCGAUGUAGAGAAGUUGACACCUGGGACAGCGGAUAGGAUACAGUAGAUGAGAUUGGAGGAGGUACAAGUGAACCUCUGCCUCACCUGGAAAGACUGGGUCCUUGGAUGGAGUCGAGGGGAAGAGGAAAAGGGACAGGUGUUGCAUCUCCUGUGGUUACGGGGAAGGAUCUGAGCAGUCACCAUCACUAUACCUCUUAAAUUCUCCUUUUUGGUUCACGUUUCACAGUUUGGUUAGUGAUGUGGGCACUGAAAUCCCCAAUCUGCAUUCCAUUCUGCCUUUGCUAAUUUCAAUGUUGCUUCAUUGAGCACGGAGGAGCACUGAUGCACUGAGUGGAGGACAGUGGAUAUAAUCAUGAGGUUUCCUUGAUUUUGGUUUCAAAUUUCCCAAGAACAUGGUCCAAAGCUUCUCAUCCCAGCACCAGAAUUAUUUCAGUUAUCUCCAAGAUAACAAUUCACAACUGUGUAUACAAAUAUUUAUCAUUUUUUUUUAUAAUGCAACUUAUUUCUGGCAAGGGCUGGGACGUCAGUUAUCCUCGUGUAAAGACUAUUCUUGCCUGCCCUUUUUGGGCUUCUUAAUUAAUAUCCAAGAGUUGAUAAUGAAAGGGGCUUGUAUUUGACUUGUUCUUCGAAAGUACUCUGAAAGGUGAGGUUGUUUACCGUUAGAUAACUGUACUCAUCAUCUUUGGAUCAACAUCCAUGGCCUAUCAUUCCGGGUUGGGAUCAUAGAUUGUUCUAUAGCAGGAGGAGGAAACAGGAAGCUGUUGAGGGUUAACCCAUCUGGCUCAGUUGUAAAAUAAAUCUUUAAAAUAUCCAUCAAAGGAACAGGCUAUUGAGCCCUUUUCUUCAAUCUAACAUUUAUUCUCCGUCCUCUUUAUCAGUCCGUCUAGUUUUGUUAUGAAUGCCCUUUAAUGGCAACCUAGUCCAGUUCCACUCUCCCCACACUGUUUAUACAAGUCUUCAUUCUUUAUGCUCUUUAAUGCUCCUCACUGAAGAAAGUAUUGUUUUGGCAAAAACUCAACAUCAUGACACUAACAUAGAUCCAUAUACCAGCAGUAAUUUUGUUUUAGAAUUCCCUCACCCAUGUUAAUUACUUUUAAAGCAGUGCUGGUGGAGGAAAAGAUGGAGGUCGAUUGUUGUUUGGCCUAUUAAAGACGUGAGUAGUUAGAUUCACUUGAUUUAAAGUAGUCAGAAUACCUCAAAUGUAAAGACCUUUUGCAGCAUGUCCAACUACAUUCCAGGUUACAGGCAUGUUCUAUUAUUUCUGCAUUAAGUUACGAUGGCCCAGUCCAGCUACAUUCUUUGUGUUUAUUGCCUUUAAAAAAUGUCACAACCCCUCACCUAUUUGUCCUAUAGUUGCUCUUUUCCGUUUGAAAGCAAAAGUCGGCCUUUUCCUGGUUGAUUUUCCCAAUUUAACCAGAUCUUUUUAUUUUAGAGUACAGACUUGCAUCUUCUGGUGGCUUACGUCAAAUAACGCAAAAUGACCCUUCCCCAAUUUUUGCCAUCUGUCAUUUAUCCACAUACCAUCAACACUGCCCUGUGAAACAACAUGUUCCUAAUCUUCAUGAACAAAAUCAUUUGCCCUUCAUUUGCCCCACAAAUAUCUCUCUCCAUCUGGGCAAUUCUGCUGAACAACGAGGCAUUAUUUUAGAUUGUCUCUGAGGUGGUGUGGUUCGUGUACGGAUUUUACAUUAUUCAUAUUUAUAAAUUGCAUCGUUAGAUUUAUUUUGUCAUAGCUGGGCUCUUGUUAAUUUUCAGCUAGUGUUGCAGGUUUUAUAUAAAGAGUCAAUGAAAUGGUCUGGUGUUUGUUGUCAUGAAUGGAGGUUGUAAAUGAAAAACUCAAAUCAAAUGAAGAUGUAUUAAAUGAUGAAAUUGUUGCUGUUUCUGUCAACAUUAAGUUCAUGCUGGCUCUAUCCCAUCAUCCAUUCCCCUGCUCUCUCCCUGUAAUCCUGUAAAUUAUUUUGUCUCCCUUUUAAUUUCGAUUCGAAUGCCUUUAAUAGUUCUUCAUCCACCAUGCCUAAGUGGCUUUUGGUGAUGAAAGUAGCAGUUGUAUUCUUAAGAGAGAAUGUGUCUGAUUAGUGGGGAGGCUACAUGGAAAGCUAUAUCUCCAAGAUGACUUUUCUUCUGCUGCUCAAUUUCUAAUGUAACUUUUAAGUGGUUUUCUAGUUCCCGAUCGAAAACGCAUCAUAAUCACUCAGGCCUGCUUCAUACCAAUUGCGCUCCGUAAUUUAUCGAUUGCAUUGUAUCCAUUUAGCUUUGUGGAACCAUGCUAUAUAGCAGUAUUUGCCCUAUUAAAAACUUUUGUUAUCCUGUGCACUUGAUUUUAUUUAUUGACCUAUACCUGAGAACCUUGUUCAGCAGAUCUAAACCUAAGCCCAUUAAUGGUGAAAUAGCUAAUAAAUUGCAUUUUGUAGCCUGCAAUAAGAUCUACUGCAGCUUUUCUUUAAUUUUGUAAAAUUGGACGCAUAUUUGUUUGCCAAAACCAACCAGAAUUUAUCCGGCUAUUUACACUCAUACAGAUCAAGUUUCCAUUGAACAAACAUCUAAGUGCCUUAAAUUGAAAUCCUCUCUCAGUUCUUUCCAUUAACAUUUCCAAUCUGCGGGGCGGGGGGAGGGGGAAAUAUUAUUUCUUGUUGAUUUUAAUAUUGUCCGUAAACUGAAACCAUUUCAUUGGAUGCAAAUACUAUUCAUGUCCAGUGCAUUGUAUCUCUGCAUGAGGAUCUUGCCCAUUUUUGCUAAGUUCUAACAAUUAUAGUUACUUGCUGCUAUGCUGACGAUCUCUCCUUGAAAGGAACAGGUAUGCAUACUGUUAAAGAUUUUGACGAUGGUUGUCAUGCUGAUCACUAAUCCAAAGUAGUGAGUGAUAAUAGAUAAAUGCAGUUUAAAUCUCACGAGAGAACACUUAGAAUGGCAUUCAAACUGGAUUAGUUCACCAAUGUCCUACAGGGAAAGGUUAUUCUUUCCUUCUCUGGGUCUAUGCCCACAGCCCCACAUUAAGGUGGUUGACUGCCCUCUGACAGAGCUGAGCAUAGUUGUAUCAACCCACCAUAAAGAAUAUUGAUCCAGAAUCAGAUUCAGGUGGUGGGUGUAUGGAACAAGCUGCCAGAUGAGGUAGUUGAGGCUGGGACUAUCCCAACGUUCAAGAAACAGACAGGUGCGUGGAAAGGACAGGUUUGGAGAGAUAAGGACCAACCGCAGGCAGAUGGGACUGGUGUAGCUGGGACAUGUUGGGCAAGUUGGGCCGAAGGGCCUGUUUCCACACUAUCACUCUAUGACCAUUUGGACAGACACUGGACUUGGCAACAAUGCCUAUCACCUAAGCAUGAAAGGAUAUGGUGACAAGGUUUGGGAAGAGUCGUCAGCUAUUGACCAUGUGUUUGUAAGGCACAUUACAUCAGAUCUUUUUGACAUUAAACGUGCAAGUGGCUUUACCAAAAUCAUGUAAAGUUAAUCAUUUUAAAACUACUCAACUAGAAAUCAAUGUCACAAUUACAAUGUUACAGUUUUGGUUUAAAGCUUAGAGCUGGAGUGCAUGGUCUGCCUACCUUUGAACCUCUGUUUAGAGCCACUAGUUUUUCUCAUUGUAUAAUUUAUGCGGUGUUUGGAAAUUUUCACCUUUGUUCCCAAGACUGUACCGUUUAGCGUCUGUAUUAGCUGUAGAUCAGAGUUGGAAAAGUUUAAUUCAAUCUCCAGAAAUUUUCUCUUUAGUAAAUGUUUAAGAGUGAAUCAGUUUGCAUGCAGUGAUGGAAUGCAUAAUCAAAAUUAAGAUUCAAAUUGUAAAAUGUUCACUAAUGUCAGAUAUUGAAGCUUUGCACCCUUGUUGAGAUAAAAUUGCCUUUGACAUUUGACAAAAUGCACCAAAAAUAUUGUUACAUUCUCAUUUUUAUGUCAUUAGUAUUUUCAGUUUAAGUAUCAGUGUUAAUUGUGCCCACCUCACUUGUCAGUGAAUGUUUUUAAUAAAAGUGUUUUGUCUUAAA